UCCACGUGUCUUCUCAACCCAAUCUCAACCGUUCAUAAACUAGUGGCCCAAAGCACCGCCUCAACCUCACUCUAUAUAAACCCCAAACACUUCCAAUCUUUCAUCAUAAUUUCUCAUUCAAAUUUUCCGAACUCUCUCGAAGCCUUUAUUCACAGUUGUUUUCUUUGUUCGGUGUUGUAAAGUUUCCAUCAAGAAAAGUACAUGGUUGCGUUAGAAAUCCAGGUCCCAACUUCAUAUGAUCCAUUUUCCGAAGCGAUAGAAUCAGACGCUCCUGGAGCGAAAGAGUAUGUUCAUAUACGAAUUCAGCAAAGGAACGGAAAAAAGAGUUUAACAACGGUUCAAGGACUGAAGAAAGAGUUCAGCUACCAGAAGAUUCUGAAGGAUCUCAAGAAAGAGUUCUGCUGCAACGGGAAUGUUGUACAGGAUAAGGAGCUUGGUAAAGUUAUUCAACUUCAAGGUGACCAGAGGAAGAAAGUUUCGCAGUUUUUGGUUCAGGUUGGACUUGUGAGGAAGGAUCAGAUUAAGAUUCAUGGUUUUUGAAGGAGUUGAUUUUUUUAUAGGGUGUGAUAUUUGAAGGUGCUGAAGUUGGAGUGUCUUUUGGUUUGUUUUAGUUUGAUUGCUGUUAUUUAAAUAAUAGGUGUGGUUUGAUUA